UAUAUAAACUAUCUAGAGAGAGAGAGAGAGUUAGAGAGAGAAAGUAGAAAGAAUGGAGGGUUUGCCCCCUGGUUUUCGGUUCUACCCAACUGAAGAAGAGUUGGUCUCGUUCUACCUUCAUAACAAGCUAGAGGGCCGGCGAGAGGAGCUGAACCGGGUCAUUGAUCGGAUUAUUCCUGUUCUUGAUAUUUAUGACUAUAAUCCUUGGGAUCUUCCACAGUUUGGCGGAGAUGUAUCGAGCAGAGACGUAGAGGAGUGGUUUUUCUUCAUUCCGAGGCAAGAAAGUGAAGCUCGUGGAGGAAGGCCGAGGAGGAUUACAAGUAGCGGAUAUUGGAAAGCCACCGGCUCUCCCGGCCAUGUUUACGCCAACAAUCGCAUCAUCGGCAUGAAAAGGACUAUGGUUUUCUAUAGAGGACGAGCUCCUACUGGCCGCAAAACGGAUUGGAAAAUGAAUGAAUAUAAAGCCAAUCGUGGAGAUUCAUCUUCUUCCUCCAUUUCUGCAACACCAAUGGCAAUGCAUGAGUUCACAUUGUGCCGAGUAUAUAAGAAAUCCAAAAACAUACGAGCAUUUGAUAGAAGGCCAUUAGCAUCGGAGAUUGGUGACAUCAGAUCAGCUCAACCCCAACCCGAAGUUUCCAUAAACGCCGAUGAUCAUCAAAAUCUCCCAACGACGACAGAGACUGCAAAUUCUCACGAGAGUUCAUCAUCGGAAGAUCGUCAUGUUACUCAAAUCGGAGAAAGCAGUAACAUGCUAAUGUCUACUGAUAGUGAACCUUUGUGGGAUUGGGAUCAACUGGAAUGGUAUUAGCUAGAUAUAAGAAAAAUAAAUAUAAGUAAUUUAUUGAUACCAAUUUUUUGUAGAUUAAUUGGUACAAAAAUCGUUUUUGAAGAUGUUCGACUCCGACUCGACUGUUAUGAUCAAUUAAUUCAAAAUUAUUAAUUUAA